AUGGCGAUUAUCCGUGAGUUGGUUAGAAUGUUGGCUGGGGUUUUACCUUUAGUUCUUAUGGAUUUACAUUCGUAUGGGAGAGCGCUACGUAAUUAUCAAUGUGUGAUUGGAGAUUCUCGCUUGAGAUUGACAUUGAUGUUUGGUGCUAAGACGCUUAGGGAUAUGUGUCAAGGAAAUAGAAAUAAGCAUAGUAAGCCGCAGUAG